CCCUGCUUGUGCUCUCUCCCUCUCUCUGUCGAAUAAAUAAAUAAAUCUUUAAAAAAAAAAGUAAGAUACUCUAAGGAAUAAAAUAUGGGGUGUUACCCAGAAUGAAGAAAAAGGGCUUUGAAUCUGCAUUGACCAUUCAAACUACAGAAAACAUGUAAAAGGCAAUCACAUUGUUUUACAAGAUACCUUCCUUGUCCACUCAUCUGAUUUCUUUUUUCCCUUUCCAGGUGUGUUGAGCAAACGUACUUGAGAAGAUAAUGGUUAAUUUCCAAAUUUAUGGAGUCUCUAAUAUUUAUUCGUUUUACUAAUUUAGAAGUAAAAAAAAAAAAACCACAUACUUUUGGGAGGGCAAGUGUUUGGCAAUAAUAUUGCUUGAUAAUUGGAUAUUUAAGGCUGUGAAACCAGUCAAAAAGAGAACUUUGGGUUUCGGAGGGGAAUGUUGGCCUUCAAACCCAUCGAUUUGUCUUUCUUGUCAUUUUACUUAUCAUUUGGCAGUUUUAUUCCUGUUGGUAACUAUCUAUAACAGAGGAUGCCAAUUGGUGCCCCAAGAACUGAAUUCAGCUUACCAGAAUGGCUUUCUUUGGCUAGCACAGUAGUCUCAUCCUAAGUCAAACCCAUCUCAUCCUAAGUGAAACCCAUCUGAAGUGAAUCUGCAUAGCCCAAGAUGAACAGUGAAUAUGUAAUACAGUGAGGGACCCCCUUUGUUUUCCUGCAAGACACCUAUAUCUUGAACCAGGCAAUGGCAGCCACUUUUAGGAUGGAUGCUCUCUGAUUUGUCAUAUCUGGGAGCUUCACUUUCUGGUUCCUGAAGGCAUUGGAGUGUGAGACCCUUAAACUACAGCCUCUUUGUUAUCUAAAGAGAAAAGAAAAAAAUACUAUUAGCUGAUAGAUUACGAUCGUGGGCCACGACCAUUGACGUUUCAUUAUGUUACUUUUGGCAUUGUUCUUCAGCUCCCAUACGAAAUAUGGAGGCAAUGCAAAUUUCUGUCCAGUGCUCCUUUGUUUAGGUGGAAUGAAUAUUUCUGGAUACCAAUUAGCUUGUUUCCUACCUUCUUUCAUCAUUGCUAUCACCCACAGACAGUGUUGGUUAUAUGUUCCUCGGUGCUAAAUUAAAGAUCCUUUUUUAUUGAUGUCUAAGCUUUCUUAGGAUGUCAACCUCCGCUUAAGAUACCCAAUGGAAAUCAUACUGGUGGAGAUAUAGCUCGAUUCUCUCCUGGAAUGUCAGUCCUGUACAGCUGUGACCAAGGCUACCUGCUUGUGGGAGAGGCACUCCUUCUUUGCACACAUGAGGGAACCUGGAGCCAAUCUGCCCCUUAUUGUAAAGAGGUAAACUGUAGCUCCCCAGAGUAUAUGAAUGGAAUCCAGAAGGGUCUGGAGCCUGGGAAAAUGUAUCAGUAUGGUGCAGUCGUCACUUUGGAGUGUGAAGAGGGGUAUACCCUGGAAGGCAGUCCCCAGAGCCAGUGUCAGGACGAUCAGGGAUGGAACCCACCCCUGGCUGUCUGCAAAUCACCAGCCUCACUUGCUCCUCUUCUUAGUGGUCUUUCUGCAGGUUCUGUACUUCUUGUAUUCUUGAUUGGUGUCACCUUAUGCACAAUAUUAAAACACAGAGAACGCAAUUAUUAUACAAAUCAAAUCCCUAAAGAAGGAGAUCUUCAUUUAGAAACACGGGAAGUAUAUUCUAUUGACCCAUACAACCCAGCAAGCUAAUCAGAAGACAAACUGCGUGCCUUCUUAUUUGGAACAUUGGUUGGGAAGAAACCAUUUUCAUCUCAGCAAGUCUAGGCGUAUGACCUCAGCAUCAGUGAAAUGACUUCAUAAGCUAUAAUUUUCCAUAUGUAGUUAUUCUCAAGCAGAAUGAAGAAAGUUCACUUGACAGUAAAGAUGGGAGCCCAGUUUUACUGCCACAUGCUCUUCAAGGACUUUCUGAAGCCUCACCCACAAUAUGCCUGACAUCUGGCUAUAGCUAUAAACCCUUAACUCCAAAAGUAACACCAUUUUAAGGAAGGCGCUAGAAAGAGCUGUCCUCCUAUCGCCACUCUUCUUAUGCAAUCAGUAUACUUACUGUUAUCACACACUUCUGGUUGUAGUGUGGUUUUAAUUAUUUAAGCCAAGUAGAGAAUAUUUCAUGUUAUGAAAUACUUCCGUUGAGAAGUCUAAUUUUAUUUUAAUCAUAGCAUCUUGUUCUCAUAUGGCUGAAUAUGUCUCUUUCAUUUCCACUUGGUUUGAUGGGGUUUUUUUCCCUCACAAUAUAUACUUUGCCUUUUCCCUAAUCAGUAAUUAUAAUUUGCACAAUUUUUUUUUUCCAUUAUGAGAGUCAAGUUUUAAUUGUACAGUUUUGGUGUACAGAUGCAGGCUUUGGAGAUUUCUUUGGCAGUUCUAUCAGGGCUUUGGUUCCUUUAAAAAUCUGUAUAGCAGGGGCACCUGGGUGGUUCAGUGGGCUAAAG